AUGCUGAAGUGGCUCAUCUUCCAACCAAUAGGCGUGAGUGAGGGGCGAAAGCAGCGGGAUCACGUGACCAUUGACUGCACAUGCGCAUUGCCCCCUGACUGGAUUUUGAGCAUUGAAGGAAAAAGCACCAUUCACACCGGGGAGAAACACGUAUCGUCUGUGUGUGGAAAAGUCUGUGAAGAUUCAUCUAAAAUGUCCAAAUGCCAGCACAAUCACACUGGGGAGAGACCCUGGAAGUGUGAGGAUUGUGGGAAGGGAUUUCUUUACCCAUCCCAUCUGGAAACUCACCAACUCAGUCACACUGGAGAGAAGCCAUUCACCUGCUCGGAUUGUGGGAUGGGAUUCACUCAGUCACGCCACCUGCUGACACACCAGCGAGUUCAUACCGGGGAGAGACCAUUCACUUGCUCUGAUUGUGGGUCGAGAUUCACUGUUAUUCAGCCUGCAGGAACACCAGUGACAGACCGUUCACCUGCCCCCAGUGUGGGGUGGGUUUCGUUCGGUUAUUCAGCUGCGGAUACACCUGCAACUCCACACUGGAGAGAGACCAUUCACUUGCUCCGAUUGUGGGCAAGUGUUCACUCAGUCAUCCAGCCUGCAGAUACACCAGCGAGUUCACACUGGGGAGAAACCAUUCACCUGUCCUGAAUGUGGAAAGGGGUUCAUUUGCUCCUCUAAACUGCUGGAACACCAGGGGGUUCACACUGGGGAGAAACCAUUCACUUGCUCAGUGUGUGGGAAAGGAUUCACUCAGUCAUCCAAGCUGCAGAGUCACCAGUGAGUUCACACUGGGGAGAAGCCAUUCAUUUGCUCUGCUUGUGGGAAGAGAUUUAGCCAAUCAUGCAACCUGCAGAGACACCAGCGACUUCACAUUGGUGAGAAACAUUCACAGAGUCAACUCACCAGCUGGUGUACCAGUGAGUUCACUCAGGGGAGAGACCUUUCACUUGUUCCAUAUGUGGACGGGAUUCACUGUCAUCCAAACUGUUAGUGAAAUGACACUGGCUGGGUCACGUUCACCUGCUCCGUUUGUGUAAAAGGAUUUACUAUUUGCAAAUGCACUGGUAAAUUCACAAAGAAUCACAGAUGAAGGGUUUUGCUUUUCCUUACACCGAGGAAUGUAGCUUGGUCAUUGGGCUGUUUGUAUUGAUAUAAAUAAACUCAGCUGUGUUAAAGGGG